GUUUCCGCCUCUCGCGAGAGGCGCGAGGUGUGGAGCCGGCGGAUGCGGAGAAGCCGGGAGCGAGCUCAGGGCGGCAGCUUUUAGGUCCACAGCAGAUUAGGAAUGGCAGAUUUUGGGAUCUCGGCUGGCCAGUUUGUGGCAGUGAUCUGGGAUAAGUCAUCCCCGGCGGAGGCUCUGAAAGAUCUGGUGGAUAAGCUUCAAGCCUUAACUGGCGAUGAGGGCCGAGUGUCUGUGGAAAAUAUCACCCAGCUGCUGCAGUCUGCCCACAAAGAAUCUAGCUUUGACAUUGUUUUGUCGGGUGUAAUUCCUGGAAGCACCACUCUGCACAGUGCUGAGAUUUUGGCCGAGAUGGCCCGGAUUCUUCGGCCUGGUGGAUGUCUUUUUCUGAAGGAACCAGUAGAGACAGCUGUAGCAGUUAACAAUAGCAAAGUGAGGACGGCAUCUAAGCUGUGUUCAGCUCUGACUCUUUCUGGUCUUGUGGAAGUAAAAGAGCUACAGCGCGAGUCCUUGAGCCCUGAGGAGAUUCAGUCUGUCCGAGAGCACCUGGGUUACCACAGCGACAGUCUGCUUUCUGUGCAGAUCACAGGCAAAAAGCCUAACUUUGAAGUGGGCUCUUCUAGUCAACUUAAGCUUUCUACUGCCAAGAAGUCUUCCGGGAAGCCUGCUGUGGACCCCGCAGCUGCCAAGCUCUGGACCCUCUCAGCCAAUGAUAUGGAGGACGAGAGUGUGGAUCUUAUCGACUCAGAUGAACUGCUGGAUGCGGAAGAUCUGAAGAAGCCAGACCCAGCUUCCUUGCGGGCCCCUUCCUGUGGGGAAGGGAAAAAGAGGAAAGCCUGCAAGAACUGCACCUGUGGCCUCGCAGAAGAACUGGAAAAAGAGAAGUCGAGGGACCAGAUAAGCUCCCAGCCCAAGUCGGCUUGUGGAAACUGCUAUCUGGGCGAUGCUUUCCGCUGUGCCAGCUGCCCCUACCUCGGGAUGCCGGCCUUCAAACCUGGGGAGAAGGUGCUCCUGAGUGACAGCGACCUCCACGACGCCUAGGAGGGCCUGGCCUGGGGCACACCUGCUCCUCCGCCAGCUCCCGCCCCUCACAUCCCACCACAUGGUUCCCCCCCAUCUCCUCUGACUUAGGUCCCUGGCGGGGAGCGUGAUCAGGGGACAGAGUGGAGCUGGCCGGGGCGCAGUGCUGUGGAGUGCUGCCACAGGUCAAGACCAAGUUAUCCUGGGGCCCUGCCACCUAGGAGGGGACCUCCUUCACCCAGUGUUAGGCGAACGGUGCUCAUCUCCAGUAGGCCCCUCUCCCUACGUCAGAGUGCUGACUGACACUCUCGGAUCCCGCCGCCCUUGAGUAUUGACACUGACAGGGAGGGCCCUGUCUCAUUCUAAGCUCUGCAGUGGCACCCACAGCUUAUCUCCCAGAGUUGGUGGUUUAUUCACUAUGCAGUUUUUGGUGACGUGAGGUGAGGGUCUUGUGACCUCAGAGCACCGAGGGAAUCACUCAUGGGUUGCCGUGAUCAUGUCCAGUGUCCUGCUCCCUCCACUCCUCUCCCCCCACCCUUGUGUUAAUGUGUUACAUCUGUGUCCUAUUUCAUUUCUGUUCAUCAACAGGUAUUAAAAUUUAUGUACUUAUGCGUAUUUGCUGUGAAGAGGGUCUAUGUCUGUGUCUGUGAUGUCUGACAGCCACCUAACCUCACCUGGGACCACAACCAUUUCUGGAGAGACUUGAGUCACCCCACGGGGAGCCAUUCCUGCACUUAGAGAUCAGGACCAACCUCCAUCGCCUUUAGAAGAGUCUGUGCUGGUGAGCAUCUAGAGAGAAGCAGGACAGAAGCAGAACCAACAGUAAAUCUCUGAGCAGGAGCUCCUCUGUUCUUGUUCCCUGCCUACACAAACAUGAAAUUGAUCUUGCCAGAUAGCAAGAGAGAUGGUGUGGAUAUAAGAGACCCAGGUUUUUCUGUUUCAACAAUAAAGAAAAGUGCCCGUU